UGCUUCUGGCAUUUUCUUGAGCUGAUAAACAGAGGGUGGUUCUUACCUGUUGAAGAACAUGGCUGAAUGUGUUCUUUAACCCUCUGAUAAAAUGUGUGUGGUCAGUCACAUGCCUGAUUGAGCUUAAUUGCUAGGGGGAAACAAAGCACUGAAAUUCUGGAAAGUUUUAGAUCUUCUUGUUAAAGCAUUUUGUAUGUCUUUGUGAUUUUUUUUUCCUAUGUAAUUUAAGAAUAAAAGAGGCUUUUUGUUUGUUUAUUUUUAAGUACCACAAAGCAAGGUAAGGUCAAAUUUUAAUUUAAAAAAUCUAAUUGUAUUUUUUGGGGUAGUUGAAGUUACAGUUAAGUAAACCGUAUUAUUCCCGUGUGAUAUGGAUGUUAAAAAUCCAGGGGCAGUGGCUUUGUUUUGGCAUUUUAGCUAAGGGUGAAGUUUUGGGACAACUCAGCCAUAGGUGUUGCUUAUUGACUGUUAUUUAUUUUUUUCUCCCUCUCUGUUUUUUAAAGUUAAUGAAAUUAUAUUAAAUGUUUCAUUUUGGAAACCCAAUAGAAAUUUAAAUGAAUUGUUAUUUAGAUAAUAAGUAAAAAUGAAUAUUAGAUUAUUUAGAUAACAAGUAAAAGUGAAUAUUAAAUAAAGAGGAAGAAAGACUAGAAUGAUUCAUUUACUAUUAGAAAAAAAUAAAGUUUUAUAAUUCACACUGAAAACUUGUUCUGAGUAACAACCUUAGAAGUAAAGCUGUCUUCUAAGGAAACAUAGUUAUUUCAAUUUUGUGUAAAGAGAAAAAGUGAUGAGUAUUGGCCUUCCUUUUGUAUUACUGUUCUUAAAAUUUGCCUGCCUUGAAUUAAAAACCUUCUGUAAAUGAAAAGAUUGCUCAGUCUUUUCCUGAAGUACUUGUCAUUGUAGUUAUGAGAUUUUGGCUGGCGAGUAUACAUCCUGCUGUGCCUUAAAGUUCUAGGUACUCUGUAAAGAUGAGUGCAAGUAGUAUUUUAUUUCUGAAACAUAUUUAUGAAGAUAAAAUUGGAAUAUGCAGUGAUUCCAAAAAAUAAAGUUUUUGGAUAUAAAACUUGCCAAAUCAUUUCUUGUUGACCAAAAUGAUAUUUAGCUAGUUCUUUGAGAAUUUGCUAUGCACUUUGUAAGUGCUUGAAGGCCUGUCAGAUUAAAGGGAAGAGAGAAAGUCAAUCAGUUAUUAUUUCUUACUCUUUUGUAAGGAUUGUUGAUAUUAACAGAUCUCAAUUUUGCAGUCUUACAAGAAAGACACAGCAGACAUUUUACCAAUUCAUCUGAGCCAUUUGCUAUCAUAUUUGUUUGCAUAUUGCUGGUUUAGUCAGCCUUUGAGUAAGCAAAAGCUGUAUUUACUUCUAGUCUGGUCUAUGUGAAAAAUCUAAUGAAGACUUUUCUAUUUUUUUUCUUAACUUUUUUAAGGUGGUGAUCCAUAAGAGAAAAAUCAAGAGGCACACAAAUAAGCGGCAUAAUUAAGAUCUUAUUUAUUAAAGAGAAGUAGAGGAAUUUGGUUUCUUAAAUUUAAGAAGCUGGUACAGUUUAAGUAAAAUAGACAUUGUUUAUGUAUUUUCUUAUGUGAUAAAGACUGAAGUGGAGCUUCAAGGAGAAGGGAGAAGGGGGGAAAAAAAGAAGAGAACCAAGAAAAGACCAGAACAGUUUAUUAAGUAGUUCCCUCUCCACGUUUUUCCUUCCAUAAGAUUGAAUGCCAAGAAGCUUGAGAGAAGAAAAAUUUCAGAAAAAUUGUCUCAAUUUGACUAGAAUAUCAGUGAACCAGGAAAACUGAAGCACCUUCCCUAAAGAAAACUUGGGUAUACAGUUACUCCACAGACAGAGCUGAGGGUUUUUUACCCAAAUCAGUCACUGGAUUUUGCUGCCUGAUACAUGAAUCUGUUUGGAAUUUUUCUCAUGUGGAUCUAAGGGGAAUGCUUUAUUAUGGCUGCUGUUGUCCAACAGAACGACCUAGUAUUUGAAUUUGCUAGUAACGUCAUGGAGGAUGAACGACAGCUUGGUGAUCCAGCUAUUUUUCCUGCCGUAAUUGUGGAACAUGUUCCUGGUGCUGAUAUUCUCAAUAGUUAUGCCGGUCUAGCCUGUGUGGAAGAGCCCAAUGACAUGAUUACUGAGAGUUCACUGGAUGUUGCUGAAGAAGAAAUCAUAGACGAUGAUGAUGAUGACAUCACCCUUACAGUUGAAGCUUCUUGUCAUGACGGGGAUGAAACAAUUGAAACUAUUGAGGCUGCUGAGGCACUCCUCAAUAUGGAUUCUCCUGGCCCUAUGCUGGAUGAAAAACGAAUAAAUAAUAAUAUAUUUAGUUCACCUGAAGAUGACAUGGUUGUUGCCCCAGUCACCCAUGUGUCCGUCACAUUAGAUGGGAUUCCUGAAGUGAUGGAAACACAGCAGGUGCAAGAAAAAUACGCAGACUCACCGGGAGCCUCAUCACCAGAACAGCCUAAGAGGAAAAAAGGAAGAAAAACUAAACCAGCACGACCAGAUUCCCCAGCCACUACGCCAAAUAUAUCUGUGAAGAAGAAAAACAAAGAUGGAAAGGGAAACACAAUUUAUCUUUGGGAGUUUUUACUAGCACUGCUCCAGGACAAGGCUACUUGUCCUAAAUACAUCAAGUGGACCCAGCGAGAGAAAGGCAUUUUUAAAUUGGUGGAUUCUAAAGCAGUGUCCAGGUUGUGGGGGAAGCACAAAAACAAACCUGAUAUGAAUUAUGAGACCAUGGGAAGAGCACUCAGGUACUAUUACCAAAGGGGUAUUCUGGCAAAAGUGGAAGGUCAGCGCUUGGUGUAUCAGUUUAAAGAAAUGCCAAAAGAUCUUAUAUAUAUAAAUGAUGAGGAUCCAAGUUCCAGCAUAGAGUCUUCAGAUCCAUCACUAUCUUCAUCAGCCACUUCAAAUAGGAAUCAAACCAGCCGGUCAAGAGUAUCUUCAAGUCCAGGGGUAAAAGGAGGAGCCACUACAGUUCUAAAACCAGGAAAUUCUAAAGCUGCAAAACCCAAAGAUCCUGUGGAAGUUGCACAACCAUCAGAAGUUUUGAGGACAGUGCAGCCCACGCAGUCUCCAUAUCCUACCCAGCUCUUCCGGACUGUUCAUGUAGUACAGCCAGUACAGGCUGUCCCAGAGGGAGAAGCAGCUAGAACCAGUACCAUGCAGGAUGAAACAUUAAAUUCUUCCGUUCAGAGUAUUAGGACUAUACAGGCUCCAACCCAAGUUCCAGUGGUUGUGUCUCCUAGGAAUCAGCAGUUGCAUACAGUAACACUCCAAACAGUGCCACUCACAACAGUUAUAGCCAGCACAGAUCCAUCAGCAGGUACUGGAUCUCAGAAGUUUAUUUUACAAGCCAUUCCAUCAUCACAGCCCAUGACAGUACUGAAAGAAAAUGUCAUGCUGCAGUCACAAAAGGCGGGCUCUCCUCCUUCAAUUGUCUUGGGCCCUGCCCAGGUUCAGCAGGUCCUUACUAGCAAUGUUCAGACCAUUUGCAAUGGAACCGUCAGUGUGGCUUCCUCUCCAUCCUUCAGUGCUACUGCACCUGUGGUGACCUUUUCUCCUCGCAGUUCACAGCUGGUUGCUCACCCACCUGGCACUGUAAUCACUUCAGUUAUCAAAACUCAAGAAACAAAAACUCUUACACAGGAAGUAGAGAAAAAGGAGUCUGAAGAUCAUUUGAAAGAGAACACUGAGAAAACGGAGCCGCAGCCACAGCCUUAUGUGAUGGUAGUGUCCAGUUCCAAUGGAUUUACUUCUCAGGUAGCUAUGAAACAAAACGAACUGCUGGAACCCAACUCUUUUUAGUUAAUAUACCAAAGCUUAUAUGAAUAAUUGUUUGUUAAUUGAACACUUUCAAUUAUAUGCAGACUGAUUGAUUCUAAGAUAAAUUCUAAGGAGGUUUCUAAUUUUGUAAUUGUUAAAAAUAGAGUUAAUUUGGACUUUGUUAGACGAGGGAGGAAAACUCAACUGUUUCUCUUUGUUAUCUAAAUGUUUCAGAAUUCAAUCGUGAAGGAACAGGCAUUUUACACUAUGAAGACAUUCUUUUGAGAUUUUUUUUUCAGUUGCUAUAUCAUAAGCAUUUUUAAAGUUUCUUUUCUAAUUUUACAUUGUAUUAGAUUUUCUGAUUCUUUUGUAAAUACAGAACUUAAAUAGAAGGCAACAGGAAAUUUAUGUAGGAACUAUUUUCAUUCCACUUGUGUAAGUUAAGUCUUGACCCUUUCAAAUGCAAAAAACCUAUUUUAUGCUUUGUUAAAAUUAUGGUGUCACUUAGAUUGACUUUAGUUGGCCGCACUAUAUAAUAUAGAACUAUGAAUAUGUAGAAUAACAUGAAAAAUUGGAGGUGCUGGUGGUAUGGCUGACCCUGUUUCAGAAGCAGGAUAGUAUAAAAGCAUCAGCCUAAGAAUGGCACUGCCACUAACUAGCUAUGUAAUCUUGACCUCUUUGGGCUUUAGUUCUUCUCAUAAAAGGAAGAGAUGUAUUGGACUAGACUAGAUGAUCACCACUUUCUCUUCUAGUUCUAAUUUUUUUAAUUGUAAUACCUAUAUUUUCAAGUUAUGUCAAUUAAAUCAUUAUCAGGUUAUUUCCUAAUGUAAGAAUAGCUAAAAUGUUGCAGAGAAAUAAGUGACCCAACAAAAUUUAUUCAUCUAUUAUGGGUAAGAUCUGCCAUAAAUUCUUCCUAAAUAAUUUGUUUACUAACUCUUUAGGCCACUGUGCUUUGCGGUCCAUUAGUAAACUUGUGUUGCUAAGUGCUAAACAGAAUACUGCUAUUUUGAGAGAGUUAAGACUCUUUCUUAAGGGCCAAGAAAGCAACUUGAGCCUUAGGCUAAUCUGGCUGAGUAGUCAGUUAUAAAAGCAUAAUUGCUUUAUAUUUUGGAUAAUUUUUUAUUGGGGGCGGACUUGGGGGGUUGCAUACAAAGAUAACAUAUAUAUCCAAGUUUCUGAAAUGAAAUGUUUUUAGAUUACUUUUUCAACUGUAAAUAAUGUACAUUUAAUGUCACAAGAAAAAAUGUCUUCUGCAAAUUUUCUAGUAUAACAGAAAUUUUUGUAGAUGAAAAAAUCAUUAUGUUUAGAGGUCUAAUGCUAUGUUUUCAUAUUACAGAGUGAAUUUGUAUUUAAACAAAAAUUUAAAUUUUGGAAUCCUCUAAACAUUUUUGUAUCUUUAAUUGGUUUAUUAUUAAAUAAAUCAUAUAAAAAUUCUCA